AUGCAGGUGGACUCUCGGGCUGAGAUGACUCUGUUCCAUAAGAAUCGUCGGAGGAAGAAUGAUAGUCCAGCGAGAGCUUGCGAGUCUCGUGGCAGCGACCCCGACGGAGAUGACGCUGAUUGCCAUAGAAGGAGAUAUCAAUUGAUCAAAGGGAUGCUGAAACCCAUGAAGGAGCUCCAUCAGGACAACACUCAGCUCCAGAGUCAAGCUAAUAGUCUCAAGCAGAGAUGGAAGCUCGCUAACGCUGGGCUGGAGGAAGCGAUGGGUCUCACGUAUGGCCCUGGGUUUAGCAAGGAUAAUCCCAGCAAGAACUCAGGAUUGAUCAGCGAGUUUGGCCUUCUUGCUGGCUCCCUUCUCUCCUUGAAAGAUGCUGCGGUGAGUGACCUUUGUGGGUGA